AUUAGAAACGUCGCACUCGAGUGCCUUGGAUCCCUCCUUUCAACGGAUAUAACCCCUUCUAGACUCGCCUUCUUCCUCCUUCGCUAUCGAAUUUCAACCCGACCCGAAUUCCGAUUGCAAUUUCCCCCAAAUUCUCGCUCCCUCCUCCGAAAUGGCUCCUGUAGAUCCCACAACCUGGACCCAUGAAUCCCCUAUCAUCAAGGAGGAUGAACUUCGAGAAGUUGCCGUACUUCUGGGCAAAGGUUUCCGGGUCCACCAUCCCAACGCUGUCGGAGGAAUUAGUUUAUCCCACAACCCAAACCCUCAGAAGUAUAUGGUCAUGCACUAUCACUCUGUGGAGAAUGGGUUCAGAUUACCCCUCCAUGGUCUGCUCCGCGACAUCUGCCGCCAUUUCGGAUUUGCUCCUGGCCAGUUGACCGCCAAUGCGCACAAGUAUGUUGCGUCCUAUAUCUUGCGGUGCUGUGCCCUGGACAAAACCCCAACACUGGACGAAAUCCUCAUCCUCUUCAGUAUUGGUGGGCCUUUCCCUUAUUACAGCCUAUUUCCUCAUCCCCAUGCUCCAAUCUUUGAGAGGGUUGAGUUUAAACACGACAAAUGGUCCCACCUCUACUUCGUCAUUGAGUUCUCGGUUCACAGCCCCUUAGAUCUGCCGGGUGUCGUUCUCCAUAGUUCUAUUUCUCGGACAAAGUUCGCUGCAGUACCCUUGGCGGAGGCAGCAUACUACGCCUUGAGAGAGGAAGGGGGUUUGAUUCCACAUCACUCCCUUCAAGACGUAAGGUUAUACAAGAAGGCAGAUCUUUACUACCCCCUGGGUCCUGACCCCAUCCCAUUUGAAGGGGUGUCUCCCCCUGAAAGGUCAAAGGCUCCUCCUGCUGUGGAAUCCAAUCCAGCCGAGAUCUCUUCCGGGAACCAGGCCCAAGAUAACUCCACUGCCUUGGCUAUUCGCCAGCCGGCCGUUGCCCUUGAGGCUGUCCCCAUCUCUGCUAUUCCCGGGCUGAGAAAGCCCACCUUCCCCCUGACCACAUCUUCUGGUACCCAGAGUACCGCCCCUGCUGCCACAUCCGGAGGUUUGGAGUUACCCAACCCGGAUAGCUUAGAUCGUGAGGGGGAUGAACUUCUGGACCAGUCAGCACUCAAAAGACCUGCAAUGCAGCCUCAGCCUGAGGUGAUCAAUACCUUUCCACUAGGCGCAACCAUUUCCCAAGGGGUAGAGGGAGAAGCUGACAGGCAGAAAGAACCGGAGACUUCUCCUACGAGAGAGAGAGAGAGAGAGAGGUUGAAGUGCAGAAAGAAUUGGAUGCCUCCUCCACGAUGGAGUAAGAAGCUGAAGAGCAAAAAGGUCCUCCAAGAAGAGAAUGCCCGGCUCAAGGCAGAUGGCUCAAUGGAACUAGCAGCGGAAAGGUCUAGGGUCAAGUCCCUGCAAGAGCAGAUUGCUACUUACCAAAGGGGGACCCAGGAUCUAGAAACGCAGUUUGACAGACUCCGGGCGCAAAUCUCCAUCCUAGAGUCAAAGGUCUCAGCUUUAGAAGACAAGGUAGGGAGUCUAAAGACUGAGUUGGUUGACAGGGAGUCCCGGAUCUCUGAGCUAGAGAAUUCCCUCCAUGACGCCAAGCAAGAGGGCGCCCAUCUUAACGACCUCGUGAUAAAACACAUAGAGGCGAAACGGCUUAUCCUUAGGAAGUUGGAGAAAGAGAGACAGACUGCCAGCGAGCUCCGGUCAAGGAUGGGCGAACUUGAAAAGACAAUAGCUGCUCAUCAAGGGGAGGUGGCUGCACUGACCACCUGCGCUGAGGCCCUCUACGAAGAAGGGAAGUUUGAUAUCCAACUUCUCAACAUGGCUAAUAAUGCCAAUAGAGUUGUCUUUAUUGAUCUAACUAUCUCUGAUUCCUCUUCUGAUUCUUCUUCCUUGGCAUUUCCCUCGCUUGGAGCUCCAACACCUGAAUUCCCUUCUGGGCCUUCCUCCGCUUCCGAACAAUCGGUGACUUCCCCCCUGCCCCCGGGGGAGAACCCUCCCUGUUUCCCCCAGCGAACAUCAGGGGACAUUCUCCCGGAUUCCGGCGCGCUUCCUGGCGGUACCAAGACGGGAACCUCCUCCGGCCAUCCCGGUACAUCCCGCCCCCAGAAGAGACGCAAUCCUCGCCCAGAAGCUACCCGGUUGGUCUCCGGUGCGAGGCCUUCCUCCCAAGGAUGGUUUUCUGCUUGUUCAUUCCUUUCUGACUUCUUCGCCAUGGCAAACAAAGCUCAGGGUAAGGUUUUCAUCGACCUAACCCUUUCUGGAACUUCUUCAUCCUCAGAUGAUGAUUUUCCUGACUCUCCCGCUCAGUCCAAUGACAUGGCUGGGCUGAAUCCCGGCGAAUUCUCAAGGCUAUAUCCGGCACUCCGUCUUCCUGCGCCCUCACCUCCCAGUCCACCCCGGCUCCCUUCCAGGAGGAUAGAUUGGGACUCUAUGACCCUCCAAGACUUCGCCUUGUACCAAAGGAUGCACAAGGCUAGACUUGGGCGUUCUUUUCUGCCCGCAGAGGUAGAACUUUUGCGUGAAAGCCGGAUAACUCCUCUAACCCUGCCAAGGUCUCCUAAUGACGGUUCACCAUCUGCGCCACCUGCGCCCCGACCUGGGACGUGGGAAGACUAUGACCUGGGCGAGACUGAUGAUUCCGCCGUGUGUCCUUCGCCAGAGAGAAGGAGCCCAUGGAGAGGGCCCCCACCUCCUUCUUUUUGACUGCAUGGGUGCAAUUGGCCCUCCUUCAGCGCCUAGCCCCCUGCAAAUCAGUUUUCUUUUUCUUGUUUCAUUUCAAGAGGCAUUCACUUGUCUGGACCGGGAGUUUUUCCCACGUCCCAUACCAAGGAAUGUCCUUUAAUUUCAGAUUAGGAAUUAUCGUUGUAAUUCAAAGAUACAACCUUCGAAUUAACAAUCGAUGAACUUCCCUAACCUCUGGUUUCUCUCGUCUCAUUAGGAACCAUUAUUGUGAACCAAAGGUGUAAGUUUUGGCCCAUCAAUAUAGUCCUUUAUGUUUA